CCCACCAAUUCCUACAUUCUUUCCAUCAUUUUCUCCCCGCCAUUUCUUCAUCCCCAAAUCAUGGUCCUCCACCGAUACUCGAAUCCAUCGUCAAUCGUUUCACCCAAACACAAUCUGCAAAACACCUCCUUUGACCUAAAUCCCUUUCUUUUCUCAAACCUGAUUCUCAACUGCAUUUCCUCAAGAAUCAUUCAACUUUUGGUCAAAUUCUUUUCCGGGUUACGUAAUACCCAAUUUCGCAUUCACGUUCGUGUCAUAAAUUUAAGCAAUUUAAAGGAAUCGAGGGAAACGGAGCUUGAUGAUUCUGAAAUAGCCAUGAUUUUAUUGCAGUCUGAAUAAGAUGAAUGGAGAGAGGAGGAUAAUUACCUCUUGGAUUGGAUACUUGAUCCUAAUUCUACUUCUUUUCGUGGGUUAUUUCCCCCACCAUGUUUGGUGUCAAAAUCGACCUCCUCCAAGAAAGGGAAAACCCCGAUUAUCACCAUUGAUUUCAAACCUUUUUCUCGGAAGAUUCAACAAAACAGUCGAACAAUACCAGCCUGAAAUCGAAAAAGAGAUAGGAUUUUGCACUCAAGACGUCAAAAAGGACUUCCAUGGAGCUUUUGACUUCGAAGGAAGGGAACAAUUCUUCCAAAACUGUCAAGACAAGUUAAAAGAUCUCCCAACUCGAUUAUGCACUGUAUCAGAACUUAGAGUAUACUUCACCAGUUUUCUGAAGAACGCUGGAGAGAAGAAAAGCGUAUCUCAAUCUCAUUUCUUAGGCCCCAAUAGAAACUGUAAUCUGACGUCAUGGUCCCAAGGAUGUGAAGCAGGAUGGGCAAGUACAGUCAACCCGGGUCAAAAGUAUGAUUAUAAUGAAACGGAUCCUAAAAAAAUGCCUUUUCGGACUACUGAUAGUAAACCAUGUUGUGAGGGGUUUUUCUGCCCUCAAGGUCUUACUUGCAUGAUACCAUGCCCCUUGGGUGCACAUUGUCCUGUUGCAAAGCUGAAUCCAACAACGGGUAUUUGUUUACCAUACCACUACCAGCUACCUUCUGGCCAAAAGAAUUACAGUUGUGGUUCAGCCGAUAUGUGGGUCCCAGUACAAAUGGGUAACGAGAUAUUUUGUGCUGCAGGAUAUUAUUGUCCAACAACUAUCAAGAAAAUUCAAUGCCCUCGAGGAUGCUAUUGUCGGAUGGGGUCUAGGGUUAAAUACCGUUGCUUCCCUGGCACUAAGUGUGACAAGGGAACAGAAAUUCCAAGCAUGAAAGUGUACGGAAUCUUGCUCAUUGCUUUAUUGACAGCUAUAUUGAUAGUGGUCUAUAAUUGCUCAGACCAAGUAAUCUCAACACGGUAUGAAAAACAAGCGAAAUCAAGAGAAGAAGCAGUAAAAUAUGCACGUGAAAUACAAGCAAGACAAAAAUCAAGAGCUUCAAAAGAUGCAAGUGGAUGGAAACCAUCAGGAUUACAAGGAAUACACCAAACACUUUCAAGAAAAUUUUCAAGAACAAAAACAAAAGGUUCACCUUCACUCCCACCUUCAGGACCUUUAGGAAACAAAAAAGAAAUAUGUCCACUCGAUGACAACACCGAAGUUGAUAAAGGGUUAAAUUUGGAAAAUGGAGAUAAAACAAAACACGAACGUAAAGCUUCAAAGGAGCUUCAUACAAGAAGUCAAAUCUUUAAAUACGCGUAUGGCCAAAUUGAGAAAGAGAAAGCAAUGGAGGAGAUGAACAUGUACAUGAGUGAUGUAGAUGUCUUGAGGAAAAGGCCUAGGAUUGAGGUUGCUUUUAAGGAGUUGACUUUGACUUUAAAAGGGAAGAAUAGGAAUAUAAUGAGGAAUGUUAGUGGGAAGAUUUUGCCAGGUAGGAUUUCGGCUGUGAUGGGGCCCUCAGGGGCGGGGAAGACUACUUUUUUGUCUGCUUUAACCGGAAAAAUAAGUGGGUGUACAAUGUCGGGGAUGAUUUUGAUAAAUGGAAAAAACGAAUCGAUUCAUUCGUAUAAAAAAAUUGUUGGUUUUGUUCCACAAGAUGAUAUUGUGCAUGGAGAUUUGACUGUUGAAGAGAAUUUGCGCUUUAGUGCACGAUGCAGACUAUCUGCCGAUUUGCCAAAAGCAGAUAAAGUACUCAUAACCGAAAGAGUGAUCGAGGCAUUAGGACUUCAGGGAGUUAGAGAUUCCAAAGUUGGAACAGUUGAAAAACGUGGAAUUUCAGGAGGACAAAAGAAAAGAGUAAAUGUUGGGUUGGAAAUGGUCAUGGAACCUUCCCUCUUAAUCUUGGAUGAACCUACAUCCGGUUUAGACAGUGCAUCUUCUAGUUUACUUCUUAGAGCUCUUCGACGUGAAGCCAUGGAAGGUGUCAACAUAAGCAUGGUUGUUCACCAACCAAGCUACUCAUUGUACAAGAUGUUUGACGACUUAAUACUUCUGGCAAAAGGUGGUCUUACUGUGUACCAUGGACCCGUAGACAACGUUGAGGAAUAUUUCGAAGGUUUAGGAAUCACAAUACCCGAACGUGUAAAUACUCCAGAUCACUUAAUCGACAUUCUCGAGGGAAUAAUAAAGCCAGGUGGCAAUGUGACAGCUCAGCAACUCCCUGUACGAUGGAUGCUUCACAAUGGGUACAGAGUACCCCCUGAUAUGUUACACCUCUGUGAUCAAAAUUCAUCAGCAUCACCACCUUCUCAUGAACCCAACAAUAAAGACCAACGAGAAGUUGAAAAGUAUAAUUACUUCAGUACCCCUGAUUUAUCAGGACGAGUUACCCCUGGAGUUUUUCGUCAGUAUAAAUAUUAUCUUGGAAGGGUUGCUAAACAGCGAAUGAGAGAUGCUAGAGUACAAGCUGCAGAUUAUUUAAUUCUUUUGCUUGCGGGAGCUUGCUUAGGAACUAUGGCUGAAGUGAGUGACGUGUCAUUUGGAUAUACUGGCUAUCAAUAUACCGUUAUUGCUGUCUCUUUGUUAUGCAUGAUUGGAGCUUUAAGAACAUUUUCACAGGAUAAAUUACAAUUCAAGAGGGAAAGCGCUAGUGGGAUGAAAAGUUUAUCUUAUUUUAUGGCGAAAGAUACGAUGGAUCUUUUGAAUAUAGUCAUGAAGCCUUUAGUUUAUCUUUGCAUGUUCUAUUUUUUCAGCUAUCCAAGAUCAAGCUUUGUGUCAAAUUAUUUAGUUCUUUUGUGCCUUGUAUACUGUGUGACUGGCAUAUCGUAUACCCUUGCCAUUUCUCUCGAAUUUAGCCAAGCACAAUUGUGGUCUGUGCUACUUCCUGUUGUUUUGACUCUGGUGGCAAAUCAGGACAAAAAGUCAUUUGCUUCAUUGGUGGCAAAAUUUGUGUUCCCCAGGUGGGCAUUGGAAGCAUUUGUUGUUGCAAACUCAAAAGAGUACAAUGGUGUUUGGUUAUUGACACGUUGUGCUGCAUUGAAGAAAUUUGAUUUUGAUAUUCAUAAUUCGAAGAAAUGUCUUUGGUAUCUUGUUGGAACGGGAGUAGGUUGUCGGGUUAUAGCUUUUGUAUGUUUGUUGACUAGGUCAAAGUAGUCAAAAUGUAAACCAAGAAGUCAAUCAUCAAGCCAAAAUAGUUUGAGUCAUUUAGAAUGAUGUUUUUCUAUUGAUAAACGGAGCAAUUGAGCAAAAGAUACAACCCGUUGAAGUUUUG